AAUACGCAUAUUCUGUAAUAGCGGUGUUUAUUUUAAUUCCAUGUGUUCAAGCUGAGUUUGUUGCAGACAUUCAGCUCAUAAAAAUAGCAAUUAACCUAAAUAUUAAUUGCAGUCAUAUUAAACAACAAAAAAAAUAAAUACAUUUUUUCAGCUAAUUCAGUUCAAUAAUCUGUUCUUUGGUCGUUUUCCGUCAAACAUGUCCAAAAGAGUCGGUUAUCGGUUGAAGUCAGUUGUUGAUUCUAGAACAGUUUGGAACGAUUCAGUCUGAUUGCUAAAUGAAUCCUUCAGACAGGUUUUGUGAACCGAUUCAACCGGUUCGUUUGAAAGAUUCGAGUCAACAGAACGCAUAUCGCUAGUGUAACUGUCAAUGCACCACUACUCUACUCCUGUCCUCCCCAGUGCACACACCUGUACACUACCUCUAUUCCUCCAGAGAACAGAAGCUCUCCGUAACAGAGGACAACACCAAGUACAUGCCCCUCACAACACACCUGUUUAACAAAACACGUCUGCAGGCAGCCAGUCAGGAUGGUGCAGUGGUGCCUUUGACUCUCCUCCACAUGCCAGCAUUAUCUGAGCUGCAUAAGGCUCCACUGCUUCUGCAUGUAUAUGGAGCUUAUGGUGUUGAUCUCAAUAUGGCCUUCAGUCCUGAGAAGAGACUGCUGCUGGAGGACGGCUGGGCUCUGGCCUACUGCCAUGUCAGGGGUGGAAGCAAGCGUGGUCUAGCGUGGCAUCGAGUGGGUUCGGUGCUACAGAAGUGGAGGGGAGUGGAAGAUCAUGCUGCUUGCAUUCAGACUCUUCAUCACUUGGGAGUGUCUCAUCCUGCUCUUACUGCCCUCACUGCUCGCAGUGCUGGAGCUGUCCUAGCAGGGGCGCUGUGCAACCAUAACCCACAGCUUCUUAGAGCUGUAAUUCUACAGGCACCUUUUCUGGAUGUUCUUGGCACAAUGCAAGACCCCUCCCCGCCGCUUACUGUAGAGGAGGGAGGAGAGUGGGGAGACCCCCGUAUAAGAGAACACAUGGACAACAUAGCCUCUUACUGUCCCUGUCACAACAUUAUACCUCAGCUUUACCCAUCCGUGCUGAUCACUGCAUACUCAGAGGACUGUAGAGUUCCUUUAUCUGGGGUCAUGAAGUAUGUCGAAAGGCUAAACAAGGCCAUCCAAAUGUAUACAGUACCACUCGGGUUGGUGUUAACACAGCAGCACGUGUCCCAGCUGUCAUUCUGGACCUGCAGCCAGGAGGAGAUCACUUUGGCCCUGAGGAUUUUCAUCUGUCCUUGAAUGAGAGUGCCCGACAGUUAGCCUUUCUUUACACAGAACUUGGACUAGACCACCCACAAACUCGACGGAGACAAAAAGAAAAGUCAAAUAAUCUGACUGGCAAGUCUCAUAAACCAUGAAACUAAAUUGUAUGUGUGGAUGUGUGAG